AGCGUCCUUCAUUCACUUCUCCUUUUCUCCUUGCUUUCAUUAUCUCUUGAGAAAAAAGGAAAGGUUAUGAAUGGUUGCAGGUGGUUUUAAUCAACAGUGACAGGCAGACUCUUCAUUGUCAUGGCUCUUCCAUUUGGGUUUCAUUGGCCUUGCACCAUGCUGUUCUGGAUCUGUAUUUGGUUUCCUCCUCAAAAAAGUUACAAUUGUGCACAUGGCUACUCUGUUGAAAAUGAUGACUUUAGGAGCCAUGCAGGUGUGUUUGAUCCCUUAACCUCAAACCAGAUCUUCUCUGGCGCCUCUCUGAACCCAAACCAUGACUCUGAAAGUCUUAUCAAUGAGAUGCAGACUGGCAUUGUGGCCCCUGAGAGUCAACAAGUCCAUCAUGAAGACAAUGAGAUUUCUAGCUCUGCUGUUAGCCAUGGAGAAGAAAUGGUACAAAGCACACUAGAUUCAGGACAGGAGACUGAGGCAUUUUCAACAGUCCCUGCUUCUCGCUCAGUACAGAAUUUUGAUCGUGAAGAUUCAGGUUCUCAACACCCGUUUGACCUUUUAGUGAAGGAGCACACACAGCAGAAAGCCACGGAGGGCGUAAGUUUCUCAACGAUGAGAGAUCUUAAAGAGUUCAUAGACAGAAUGAAAAGCUCCUUCUUGAAACCUGGAAGUGACCCAAGAAGACAUUUUCAAACAGCGCGGGAUGUUAUUGAAAACAGUUUGGUUUCUAAUGCUGGAAAUACUGAAGGAGGCACUCCGACAUCUGACUCUGCAGGAGAAGAAAGAGAGCAUGAAAAUGAAGCUUGGGGUGAGUCCAGAGAAAACGUGUUUGAACAAAGUGACUACCAUAUUCCAAGUGAAAGCUUCUCCAUCCUUGACCCUGUUGACUCUACUUCAAGUUUCAUGUCACACGGUGGUCAUGAAAACAGACAAGGCAUGAAUGAUUUUUUCCAACAUCAGCCAGCUGCCACACAGUUUGUUUCAAAAGACAAUGAAAGGUCUUACAAUGGUAAGGAUACAUUUUUAAAUGUUCUUGAUACACACAAUUACGAUCGUUCAACAAGUUUAGAGCAAAUUCCCUCUGACUCAACUUUUGAGAAGUAUUCCUCUCCAGAUUUCAGCGACUAUUCACGCAAAUUAACACCUCAAACCCCUGAGAAAGAAAUCCAACCACCAAAUCACACACCUGGCAGUAAAGCAGCCAGUCACCAAACAACAUCUGAUGACCAUCUGCCUUCACCAAAGCCCCGGGCUUUGAGUUCUUAUGGCAAAAGUUUAUACAUCAGUGCACCAAGAGGUAAACUGCAUUUUCCAGAAUUCAAACCAAAACACCAGGAAAGACCAGCCCCAACAUUUCCAGCCUAUCAACCAACUGCUCUCCAGGAAUCAAACUAUAUAAACUACAUUACCAACGUCCACCAGCCUGCUCCUGCUGGAUCUGUUUCUUCUAGCUCUGAAAACCCUUCAUCAAAGAUGAUCAGUGGUCGUGUGGAUACUCAAUCAAACCACCCUUAUUAUAUUUCUGUGAAGCCUUCUAGUUUUUAUCAUGAUGGCUAUCUUGAAGAGCAGAGAGUCAGCAUUACUCAUCCUUCAAUCCACCCUGCACAGGUUAAAGAUGAAGACCCAUCUAAGCAGAAUCGAAUCUCUGCCAUCCAAGAAUCAACAGAAAUGUUAAAUAACACCCUGCUCCCCUUAUCUAAUGGCUUGGACUCCACCCAGAGCAGGGUCUUGUCUAAGGUUGGUUAUGCAAGUUUCAACUCUCUGGCUAACUCUCCUCAAGCAUCGGAGACGGCUUUUUCAAGAUCAGUAGGUGGAGAAGUUGUAUCCAGAAAUAAAGGUAUUAAUGGAAAAAAUGUUCCAACGUUUCAUGGUCAUGGUGCACGAAGACACCUGAGCUUCGUCCCCCCACGGCAAAGACCAGGCACUUCUCUGCAUGGUGGCUUUAUGAGUGCAGUCAGAGGCGGCCACAAGCAGGCCCUCAUGCGGCCUAGCAGAGCUUGGAAGCUUCCAGCUUUUGCAAAGAAAGGGCAUCACAGCAUGGCCAGCCAGCGACUUCACCCCCAAUCAGCAUCCAGAGUCUCUGCUUCUACUUUAAACGGUGUCUUUUGGAGGAAAAGUGUCAACACUAAGAUGCUUCCUCCUCAGACAGGCCUCAUUAUGUCACCAACAUCUGCGCACACAUAUGCUGUGAAAUCCAAAAGCCGCUACGUAAGGGGCAAAGUAUCUCGACCAAAGACUCGUUAUGAUCCAUAUCAUCGGAAUCAGAGACGAUACAUUAAUAGAAAACAUGGAAAUGUGAAUGUAAAAAAACACCACAGGCUUUAGUUUGAAAGGAUCUGAAGAAGCAGGAAGAAGAAUCAGUGCUCUUUAAAUGAAGAAGGAUCUGUUGCCAUCCUCAGCUGAGAGUCCCUGCAGUUUAACAACCAUUGACUCUCUUGAGAAAAGGCAUUAAAUCUUUUUAAAAUG